CGACGCUUCACACAAGUAUAAAUAUCAAGUAAUCGAGCCCUUCAAUUGAAUCACUCUGCGUUGAGUUCUGCCCUCGAUUCCCAUUCAGUCGUGGCGUUUUCUCAAGAAUUCUCAAUUCCCCAAAAAUCACAAGAAUUUCUUUAAAAGAGAUGCUAAAUAAAAAAUCUCACCGUCUCCCCAAACAGACUCCUUGAACAUAGAAAAUAGUAAACACACAUAACAAGCAGCAGAAAUUCAAGAAAAUGCACACGUACGCAAUAUCGCACCAUUCGAUUAAUGAGUGAAUGCCCAAUAAACCUUCUACGCUUUUCUAUUCUUUUUUUAUUUUUGGCCGAACCCCACUUGUAACUGGAAGCACAGAAUCAGAACAGGAGGAAGUAGGUUUAUUGGGUUAGUUCUACUUUGCAGAUCCAAGCCAAUUAUCCAGAAGUUGUUUAUUGGCCGCAAUUUGGAAGCUUUUCUUCUCUUAGAGUUGUUUAUUUGAAGGAAGUAUAGCACCAAUGGGUAAAGAUGCCUAUAGUGAUGAACUAACUCAUCGGAAACAUGGGCUCUUGAAAGAUCAAGUUCGGUUAGUAAAGAGAAAGGACUCAGACCGCUAUGAGGUUGCCCCAAUUCCUGAUAAUUUGUCUUUUGAGAAAGGGUUUUUCGCUGUAGUUCGGGCUUGCCAAUUGUUGGCACAAAAGAAUGAAGGACUCAUAUUAAUAGGAGUAGCUGGUCCUUCUGGAGCUGGCAAGACUGUGUUUACAGAGAAGAUACUUAACUUUAUGCCAAGCAUUGCUGUCAUUUCAAUGGACAACUACAAUGAUGCAAGUCGAAUUAUAGAUGGAAACUUUGAUGAUCCACGCUUGACAGACUACGACACUUUGCUGAAAAACAUUCACGACCUCAAGGAAGGGAAGCCAGUUGAUGUCCCAAUAUAUGAUUUCAAAUCCAGCUCCCGCACGGGAUACAGGACAGUUGAAGUUCCAAGCUCUCGCAUUGUGAUUAUAGAGGGCAUCUAUGCGUUAAGUGAAAAACUGCGCCCUUUACUGGAUCUCCGGGUGUCUGUGACUGGUGGCGUUCACUUUGAUCUCGUUAAAAGAGUUUUACGAGACAUUCAACGCGCCGGACAGGAACCAGAAGAAAUAAUACACCAAAUAUCUGAAACAGUGUAUCCAAUGUAUAAGGCUUUUAUCGAGCCUGACCUCCGCACUGCACAUAUAAAAAUUAUCAACAAAUUUAACCCAUUUACUGGAUUCCAGUGCCCUACAUAUAUUCUCAAGUCUACAAAAAAUGUAACCGAGGAGGAAAUCAAAGCUGUCAUGUCCAAAGAUCAUACAGAAAGCACCGAACAAACUUACGACAUAUAUCUUCUACCUCCUGGUGAAGAUCCAGAGACCUGCCAAUCUUACCUGAGGAUGCGCAAUAAAGAUGGAAAGUAUAAUCUCAUGUUUGAGGAAUGGGUCACCGACUCUCCAUUUGUCAUAUCACCAAGAAUAACAUUUGAAGUUAGUGUCCGGCUCCUCGGUGGAUUAAUGGCUUUGGGAUACACAAUCGCAGCCAUUCUCAAACGAAGUAGCCAUGUCUUUUGUGAUGAAAGGGUCUGUGUAAAGAUCGAUUGGCUGGAGCAGUUAAAUCGUCAUUAUCUUCAGGUACAAGGUAGAGACCGCCUUAUUGUAAAAUGUGUGGCAGAUCAACUAGGGUUGGAUGGUUCGUAUGUUCCAAGAACAUAUAUCGAACAAAUACAGCUGGAGAAACUUGUUAACGAGGUUAUGGCAUUGCCAGAUGAUUUGAAGACCAAGCUGAGCUUAGAUGAGGACUCUGCCUCGAGCCCAAAAGAAGCACUUUCUCGAGCCUCAGCAGAAAGGGCAGCUGCAAGAACGAAACAUCUUAGGAGUGGCUUGUCGCAUUCAUAUUCAUCAAACAGGGACAAAAACCUGUCCAAAAUUAACAGAAGAUUCGAGGAUAGGACAGCAGACUCACAAGCGGCAUUAACCAAUCAGGGAGCUGCGGCACAGCUUUCAGAACAGAUUUCUACUCUAAACGACCGGAUGGAUGAUUUCACAUCUCGUGUUGAAGAGUUAAAUUCCAAGUUGACUAACAAAAAAUCUUCGCCUAGUUCCCAAAACAUAGCCCAAGCUGAAGUCCCUAAUGGCUCAGCUCCGACUUCUUACUUCAUCUCCGGUUUAGAGAAUGGAUCCCUAACUGGAUCUAUGAUGCCUAAUUCUUCAUCUUCUUCUCAGUUAGCAAAAGACGUGACUUUUCUUGACGAGCUAACAAGUAUAGCACGAGGUCAACGCCAAGUUAUUCUUCAGCUGGAGAGCCUCAGCAGUCUUCUGCGUGAAAAUCUGGGGGAGAGAUCAAGUCGUGACAGAAGGCGCAACAGAGGUGAAAUAACUGGUAACAAUUCAAGUAGAGUAUACAUGAUUUUGGCUUCAGUGGCAGUUGGUAGUCUGGGAAUAUGUUUGUUCAAGGGCCUUUCGUCCCGGAAUUGAGCAUAAAUUAUUCCAAAACUAAUUCAAAUUCGACAUGUACAUCAUUUUAGUUUAUCGUCAUGUCACUCAGAUAGGUUAAUUUCCCACACUGAUUGUUUUGCAAUGCCCGCCCUUCUAGUCGAUGGCACCGGUCUGUUGAUCGGUGCUUUCGACUUGUCCGGAGGCGGAUCGCGUCUCCUGGGUAUUGAAAUUGAGUUUAUGUAAUAACUGAAGGGUCUGGUUAAGCAAAUUUUGUAGUUGUGUGGGAUAUUUGUGGUAAUUGCAUUUUCUUCUAAGGGU